AACCCUAAAUUUUUACGACUAUUUACGAAAUGCCAAAGUAGUCCCCGAUUAUUCUUUGGUAUCAUAGCAAAUACUCUUGACUUCCACGUCUUAAACGCUCGAAAUGCUUCGAAGAAUUGGGCUCUGCAGGCCCUCGAGUGCUUUUAUCCUUUCCCGCAUCACACCAAUACGAUGUUCAUUCAACAAAAGGGGUUUUAAAUCGACAGGGUUUUUAAGAAAUACCCUCGAUCCUUCGUCAGAAAGUUCUAAUAUCCCACCCCCACCUAGCCCUCCCGUCCAUACCAACCUCACUGCCAUGACCAUAUUUACCUUGUUAGCAGUUGGUACUAUAUACACCACAUCAGCUGUAUGGGAGAAUUUGCAUCUCAAGAAGGAAACUCCCAAAUUCAUGGAUAUUUUCACUAGAGACAGGGAGAACGUGUACGAUGUGAGACGAAAAAUUCAUGAGAUGAAGUACCCGCCUGGGAUAUUAUGGGCACCAACCACAUGGCCACCAGUAAACCAGCUUUUCAACCCCGAAGGACGCCAAAUGUUCUGGGAGAAAUUAAUGCCAUCCGAAAAAUUUACUUACACAGUCAUGGCUACCAAUAUAGGAAUUCAUACUCUAAGUAUCUUCACACCAGCAUUGUGGAGUAAUAUCUUCAUGCAUAUUCCUGGUACAAAUCGAAACUUCACGUUACUUACAUGUAUAUUUGGUCAUGGAUCUCUUAUUCAUUUAGGUUUCAAUAUGUACGGAUUCCAUUCAUUUAUGCCAACCCUAGGACAAGAUCCGACUUUCAAAUCGAGUAUUGCUCAUAUGACGGCUUUCUAUCUAUCGACGGGUGUCAUCAGCAGUUGGGCGCAAGCUUCAAGUGCAAGACUUCGUCCUAACACACCGCCGGUACCAUUCCUGGGAGCGAGCGGUGCUGUUUUUGCCCUGAUUGGUGCUUUUGCCUUACAGCACCCAGAAGCUCAAUUUCAAAUCAUGUUCAUCCCAUAUCCUUUUGCGGCCCAAGAGUUAUUGGGUGCAGUUAUGUUAUUUGAUCUCCUUGGUAUGUUUGGUGCAUUCAAAACUCUCAGAUUGGGACAUGCGGUAAGAAUUCCUCUAGAUUCUUCGGAUUUUGCACGUGACUAAUUCCUCAUUGUAUAAGGCGCAUUUAAGUGGUGCUCUUUUGGGCUUAGGAUAUGUUUAUUUUGAUGGCGAGAAGAGGAUUUGGAGUCCUCUUUGCAGAAGCGUAUAUAAGUCGUUUGGAAUGAAGAAAUGGGAGAAUAAAGUUUAGCGGAUUUCCGGAGAUGAGCGAAGCACGAGAGACGUAUAUAAAUUCCGUUUUCAGGAACGGCGUGGAUAGGUCAAGAGAGAAAGGGGGGGUCCACACGAACAAAUAUUCACGAGAAAUGCCACUUGUGCCGAUUUAAUACUUGCUUUAGAGUUCAGAUUUUGAUAUUCGUAAGCUGUUAGCUUUGCGACACUUCGUCAGUGUUGAAAAGCACAACACUCCUCGUUCUCUUUCUGUCCAUCCGGUAUUUUAACACGAUCAACGGUCCACAACCAGGAAGACUGCAGGCUCAGAGCAGAAUAGGAAGUCCAAAAGUCUAGAAAUCCCUGAGAGCCUUGGCAGGACAUGCUGUUGCGCGUGGAUGGCGCAUAAAUGUUAGAGUC